GAGCUUGAGAAGAAAGUGAUAAAAAGUAGAAAGCCAUAUCUUCAUGAAUCCAGACACCUCCAUGCUAUGAGACGAGCAAGAGGCAGUGGAGGACGUUUCCUCAAUACCAAAAAACCCAACAAUGUUAUUUCCAAUACAGAUAGGGAGGAAGGUAUCAAUUCUGGUACAAACCAUUCAACAAAACCUGUCAACGAGGCUGGAUCAAAAUACAUGGGGGCUGAUGAAAAUGGAAUCAAGGAUACGCUUAAUGAGGAGGACAAAGAGUUCAUGACUCAAAAUCUGCAGAUAACACGUGCUUUCUUCAACGGAAAAUUGAAUGGCCAUGGCAUAUCCACUUACACUUCACAACUUGCUGACGUCGAGGGAGGUCAUCUCGAUCAGCCACAUGAAAGCAUGCAGGUGAAUGGGGCUCCACAGAGGGCCAUCCCCAUCAAUUGAAGGUUUCUUGAUGGGCAAAUGGGGCUUCUUUUCCGACACUGUUUUAACCAUUUCAGUGCAGAAAACUUGAAGAUUCAGUGUAUGACUGUUGAUUCAUGUGAGGCUCUGUUGCUGGUUGGAAGUGGAUGGAUUAGCCCCCGUUCUGCUUGGAAGAAAACCGCUUUUGGUGGUGUUUCUCAGGCAAUUCAUUCUUGGCUUUAGUAGGUGUACUCUGAGGUGAGAUGGAAGAGGAUGAAGAAAUGAAGCACACAAAAAAAAUGUGGUACACCCGCUUCUAUUUCUCUCCUCUUCAAUUUACCUCUUCCAUUACGUAUGCAGUUCUAAUCCUGAACGUGUCUCAGAUAAACAAAAAAAUUUAGUGUGAAGACUCUUGUAACUUAAUUUAUGUGCAUCUGGGUGUUGUAUCUA